AUGGACUACUCGCCAGCCCUGUCCGUCAACAGCGACAUGACAGACGAAGAGCUGGACAAGUACUUUGCGAGCUGCGUUCCGCUGUCCAACCUGCCAACCCCUCCACCAGCAAAGGAGCCCACACCCACGCGAGUAUCAACGCCAACCGCCCAAACAUCAACACAGUCAUAUGACAUGAGCAGCCCUCCACAACCAAAAGUAUACGCAACCCACCUUGCCAACCUCGUUCCGCUCAACGUCUCCACCCACCGCCCUCAUGCAUCGGUCAUUCAAGGGUUCCUCGACCGUGCUGGCCUGCCGGAUGAGAUUGUCGCCUUUGCGGGAUGCGUGCUGGAUGCGUUGAGCAGCCGGUUCGCAGCUACUUGGCGGGAUGCUCUUGCCCCGAGCGACUAUGCCCGCGACCUGAAGAACUUCAUGAUGACAGACUCGCGUCAGAACGUGCGUGUUAGCCCAGACGUGAUUGUCUUGGCUGCUCUUUCCCUCGCGCACGGCUUCCUCGUUGACCGACAGCGCUCCUCACGGCACUGGAGCAUCAGGGAGAGCGACGGUGCUUUCACCGUGCAGGAGAUCGAGGCCACGAGGAGGGCCAUCCUGCAGGACAUGGACUAUGGCCUUGCUCGCAUCUCCAACGACAUGGUGCAGUGGAGACUGAAGAACAUGCAGCGACCCAGCACAGCUCCUGCAGCCGCAUCAACCCCUAUCACGACCGUGAUGAAGCAACGACGGAACCUCUCCAUCAGCCUGCAUGGCACAGCCAUCUGGAGCUACGGCGUUCAGACCCCAGAGCCCAGCCCGUAG